AGUUACCUUGCGACCAGCGUGCGGCUUGGACGUGUGUUCGUCGUGGUGUUCAAGCGUGUUAAGUUAGGCGCAAUCGUCCAGUGCAGUGUGUGUGCUUCUCUCUCUGUUUGCGUGUGAGUGUGUCGGCAAGUUUUAGUGGCGACGAAAAUGUUUGCAACGCAACAACAACUAAAGCUAUGGCAGACUUUAUGCCUGGCUACAUUCGUAUUUUGUGGAUUAGCACAUGCAAAAGGCGCACACAAGGUGCACUGCUCCGAGGAUCAGAUGCGCGUAGACAUUGGCCUGCCGGUGGAGGCUAGUGGCGACGCUGUCACUGCCGGUGAUCGUCCGCAGAUCUACUUGGAGGGUCUGAAGGGUUAUCCGGAUGUGCGCUGUCAGCCCGAAAUCAAUGGGGCUCUCGCCGUCUUUCGUCUAUCGCUUAGCGAUUUUUACGAGUGCGGCGUGACGCGAAUGGUCAACCAGCUAACGGGCAAAAAGGUGUAUUACCAUAAAGUCAUCAUCGAAUCGGCCAGCAGCAAGGAGAUUGUCAGCGUCAAAUGCAUUACGACGAGCGGUCCGGUUUAUAAUGUCAUGAUGAAUGGCACAAAUGCUGAACGCGAGCAGACGCGCGUCGUUCUCCAGGAGCAGCAGCAGCAACAACAACAUCAUGGCCUCGUCAGACGCGAUGUGUUGCCGGCGGGCUUCCAGGAACCUGAAGAUCUGGAGAUAACCACCUCGUUGACAAAACGGGCACCGGAGCCCCGUCUGUCAAUUGGCGUUAGCCAGGAUGGCCAGAAGUUUACCAGAGACUUAACCGUCAAGUCGGGCACACCGCUGACCAUGGAAAUCAACUUGGAUGAGGACUCGGCGCCGGUAUAUGGGUUGGGCGUCAAUUACUUGGAUGUUACAGACACGCACACCUCCUCCGAGACUCUAAUCUUCAAGGGCUGCACUGUAGAUCCGUAUCUGUUUGAGAACUUCAACACCAUCGAUGGCGAUAUACUGAGCGCCAAAUUCAAGGCCUUCAAGUUUCCCGACUCCUCUUAUGUCCAGUUCCGCGCCACAGUCAAUGUCUGUCUGGACAAAUGCCUCGGCACACAGUGCUCCAACAAUCAGGUCGGAUAUGGCAGACGUAAGCGUGAGAUUAGCGCCGCGAAUAAGGUCUAUGAAAUAUCGCUAGCCAUGUUCCUGCAAGUGAACGACAUUGAAGGCGUCAACAAGAAUGAGGUGCUGCAGCUUGAGGAGAAGCUGCGCGAACUGAAGCUAGCGAAUCAGCGUCUGGCGCGCAACAGUCGCGGCAAUUUUGCGGAGCUGAGCCGCAGCAUGGAGCAAACGCCCGCCAGCAGCGUUGUACCCGCCUUUGUGGUGGAUGAACGGGAGCUGGGACAACUGAGCUCGGGUGCAAUCAACCUGGUCCUCGGCAGCCUCUGGGCCGUGUUAAUUAGUGCGCUAUGUUGGCGCCUAAUGUAAAUAGUCGGAACGAAUUGGCAAUUGUAAAUCUAAAACGGAAGGCGGGCAGGAUGUUAAUCAAGUUGGAGCUGCGUGUGUGUAUGGCAAUAAAAAAAGAAAAUAACAAGAACAACAAAAAAAUAUGUACUACCUACUACUAAUACUUAUACUUAUGUAACUGCCAUUUAUAAAACGUAAUUACAUUUAAUUUUAAUGCGAGUAGUUUUCAGCUGCAGAUAGCUGCCCACAAUGCCAGCUCUAAUGACAAGGAACAAAACCACAACAACAACAAACACAGUGAUUCUUAUAAACAUUUCGAUAACAUGAUAAAUUGGUCUUAUGUAUAAGCACCUACUAGUCUUCUAAGUUUAACUACUAAGCUAAUUUAAUUAAUGACUAAAACUAAAUGAAUUAAUAAAAUUAAAACAAUCCAA